AUGGCACAAAGCAAACAUUCCGUUCUCACUAUACUCGUUUUAUGCUCUACGUUCUUCGAUAUUUUUUCAACGAAUGUUGGCGGCCCUGUAUUUGUCAACACUGUCUGGAAAAGUGCAAAUAAUCCUUAUCAUGUUACAAGUGAUUUUCAAGUACCAUCGGGCGUGAUAUUAACAAUUCAAAAAGGUACACAAAUCAUGUUCGAUUCCGAUGAUUAUCAAAUUUUGAUCAAAGGUACACUGAGAAUAGUUGGUAUGUCAAAUGAACCUGUCGUGUUUCUUGGCGAUACUGAUGGUAGGCGAUCGAUGAUUAUGUUUAAAAGUACAAAUUUAACACAAAGUUCUAUAUCUCAUGCUAAGUUCAAUGGUCUUAAACCAGCGAUUCAAUUAUCUGAAGAGUCAGAAUUUACACAAGAUGUAAUUAAAAAUAAUGGUAAUCUUCUUAUGGAAUUUGUUACAAUGAACAAUACAAAACUAACUACAAGUGGCUACACUGUUAGAAAUCUGUGUUUUUCCGUUCUUUAG